AUUCGUAUUUGGAAAUUGCGAAGCAUCGUCGAAUUAGCUAGUAAUUAACAACUACUAGUAUUUGUGAGAAAUCUGCUUUCGAUAUUAACAAUGAAAAUUAGCGGCACUAACCAUAAAGUAUGUGGAAAUCCGCCAGAAGGUCUCCUUACAAGAUUGAUGUGGGACUUGUAGAGCACAGUCUCAAGCACGAACGACGCGGUAACUAAGAUGUCAGGGUGUUUUCAAGUGUAAGGGGAGAGGGAACGGAGAGGGGAGAGGGGAGGGUGACGUCGUCGACUGCGACAAGAGGGGGACGAGAGGAGGAAGAGCAGAUAAAAGAGCCGCGGCGCUGCUGCACACGUCACAGUACGGCUCUCUCCAGCAGCAUGGAGUCCGGGCGUCGGCGAACCAUUCGGACCCUGAUACCGCUGGUGCAACUAUUGUUCGCCGCGGCGCUUAAUUUCCUGUUUGUAGAAGACGCCGCAGCCAAAACACAUGUGAGCAGACACUUGGCGGUGCACGUGGAGGAGGGCUGGGUUCGAGGCCGCUACCAGCACACGGUGUACGGCUACCCCUACGUCAGUUUCAGCGGCAUCCCCUAUGCUGAGCCGCCGGUCGGCUCGCUCAGAUACAAGGCUCCAGUACCAAAAGCCAGUUGGAAUGGCGAGCUCGACGCGACCGUUGAAGGAUCUCCAUGCCCCCAAGUGAAUGACUCCGGUGUAUACCUUGGCAAGGAAGAUUGCCUUUAUCUCAACGUGUAUGUUCCACAUGCGAUGAGGAGAACGUUCGGAAGCAGGAACGACCUGCUCAAGGUGAUGGUGUGGAUCCACGGCGGCGGAUUCGUGCAGGGCGAGGGCGGCCGCACCCAGUUCGGACCAGACUUUCUCAUCGAACGUGGCAUCAUACUGGUCACGUUCAACUACCGACUCGGUGUGCUCGGGUUCCUCAGCAUGGAGUCUGAGUCGGCGCCGGGCAACUACGGCCUGAAGGACCAGACCCUCGCUCUCCAGUGGGUGCGGCGCAACAUUCGCUCCUUCGGCGGAGAUCCUGAUGACGUCACGCUGUUCGGCGAGAGCGCGGGUGCGGCCUCGGUGCACUACCACCUGCUGUCCAACUCCUCCAGGGGGCUGUUCACGCGCGCCAUCGCGGCCAGCGCCUCGGCGCUCAGCCCGUGGGCCUUCACCAGGAGUCCCCGGCAGCGCGCUCGCUCGCUGGCCGCCGCGCUGGGGCUGCCGUCCAACGCCUCGGACCAGCAGGCGCUCCACCUGCUGUCCCGCGUGCCGCCGUGGCUGCUGCUCACACACACCAGAGCCGCGCUCUCCAAACGGGACAAUGCGAGUCUCUUCACGUUUGUGUUCGUUCCGAGCGUGGAGCCCAUCCACGACGGAGCUUUCCUGACCGAAGAACCCUCCCUUCUGCUGCUCAAAGGCCAAUUCCAGCACGUACCGUACAUUACGGGAGUCAACUCCAAGGAGGGCAACUUCUUUGUUUCUGCUGCUGCAGGUGGUUCUUUAUCAACAAACGAAAGCUUGGCGAACUUUAAUAAGAACUUUGUUGGUAUUAUUGGCCCUGAUAUUCGUGACAACGUGGAAUUCAAUCAAAACACAAUUGCCGAAAUGGCUCGUGGUUUCUACUACGGAAAUAGUCCAAUAACAAGGAAGAAAGAUUUGAAUACUUCAAACCUGCUAUCAGACCUGUUUUUUGAAGAACCAGUGGACACUGUAGUUAGGAUAAUGGCUGCGGCAUCCCAUGAAUCUGUUCGCUACUACCGGUUCUCAUUCAAAGGACCCAACAGCGGAGUGCCAGACGAACCAGGAGUUCAGCAUGCAGAAGACCUGAAAUAUCUUUUCCGCACGACCUUAAGCAAACAAAAUUUAGAUCGCGAUUCUGAUGAAGGUAAAACGAGGGAUCGAAUGGUUGGAAUGUGGACAAAUUUUGCUAAGUAUGGAGAUCCGACGCCUAUUACGACAAUGCAGCUGCCAACGACGUGGAAGCCGUACACGGAGUCAGACCAGUACUACCUGGACAUCAACACUGAUCUCAAGUUGGACAGCUCACUUCACGAGGAGCGCAUGGAUUUCUGGCACCAAGUGCUUCCACCUCUCCGUCAUAUAUAGUAUUUACAAAUACAGGAAAACUGCAAGGCACAUUUUUGACUAGCAGUAUUUGAAUGUUGAUGCUCACGUUAAUACGGCAGCAACCACGAAAGAAUUUCAACUAAUAACAAAAUAACACUUUUUGUUUGCAUUGUGUUAUAGCCGUAAUCACGAAUACAUCCUUGCUGUUUUGUACAGAGCAAUUUGCUUUGUAUUCUUAUUUUACUCCCACAGUUUCAAAGCAAUACUGGUUUGGUCACUGUCUUGUUGUCAGGUGCUGCACUAUGUAUUUCCUGGUGUAAUUAGACAUUUAUUUUGUGUAAAUAUCGAGAAAGUUUCUUUGUAAAGCCUUAAAAAUUAAAAUAAAAAAUCUGUUCAAACAAA